AUGUAUACAUUUUAACAGAGAGCGUACACGUGCAGAACGUGUCUGACAAGUGCAGUGAGCUUCAAACAAAUCACUGUAAAUUACGCAUGAUCCAUUUGUUGUUAACAAACAAAGUUCAUCAUGCCGAAAGUCUUGAGGGAAAAGUCUACCACCCAAGUCCACAAACAAUUCCGACAAGGAAUUGUGUUUAAUAAGGACUUUGGUCAGCAUAUUUUAAAAAACCCUUUGAUUAUUCAAAGUAUGGUAGAAAAAGCUGCGCUGAGACCCACAGAUGUUGUACUCGAGGUUGGUCCUGGUACUGGAAACAUGACAGUGAAAAUGUUAGAGAGAUCGAAAAAAGUAAUAGCAUGUGAAAUCGAUACAAGGAUGGUUGCUGAGUUACAAAAACGUGUAAUGGGAACACCGAUUCAAUCCAAGCUUCAAAUCAUGGUUGGCGAUGUUCUCAAAAUGGACCUUCCAUUUUUCGAUCUUUGUGUUGCUAAUGUUCCCUACCAAAUUUCUUCGCCUUUAGUAUUCAAAUUACUUCUUCACAGGCCAUUGUUCAGAUGUGCUGUACUUAUGUUCCAAAGAGAGUUUGCUGAACGUUUAGUAGCUAAACCAGGAGAUAAAGAUUAUUGUAGACUUAGUGUAAAUACUCAACUUUUAGCAAGAGUAGAUAUGCUGAUGAAAGUAGGAAAAAAUAACUUUAGACCCCCUCCUAAAGUUGAGUCAAAUGUGGUGAGGAUAGAACCAAGAAAUCCUCCACCACCAAUAAAUUACCAAGAAUGGGACGGUUUGACCAGGAUAGCAUUUGUUAGAAAAAAUAAAACACUCUCAGCUGCCUUUAAACAAUCCUCAGUGAUAGCAAUGAUGGAAAAGAAUUACAAAAUUCACUGUAGUCUUCAUAAUAUUCCUCUUCCUGAUAAUUUUGACAUAAAAGAAAAGAUAAAUGCUAUUUUAACAAACAAUUCUAUAAAUGAAUUACGAGCCCGAACAAUGGAUAUUGAUGAUUUUAUCAAGGUGUUACAAGUCUUCAACAAGGAGGGAUUCCACUUUGUAUAGUAGUUAUACAUCAUUAUUUUCAUGUAUAUUAUUAUACACGAUCAUGUUCAUUUUCAUACUCCAUAAACUGUUUAUAAUUAAUUAUUUUCAAAGAAAUAAGAUUUAUAUUUAUAUAUAAAUUAAAAAAACAAGUAUAUAUUUAUGGGAUGUUUAAGUAUUUCUAGAAUCCUUUGAUGUAUUUUUGCACUGCCUACGCGAGGCUGUAAAAUGUUUAUUUUAUUUGUUUAUUGAAAUUUGUACAAAAUGCAAGGAGCAAAAAUAAAUUCAUAAAAUAAUAAUUGUCAUUAUUCUAUACAGAAAUCGUAUAAAUUAAUCUAUUUCGUUUAUCCUAAUUCCCAAAGAAACGGUAAAUAUGUUAAAUGACAACAAAUUAGCAAUUGUACUUGGUGUGGACAAUUGAAAAAUUACUGCAAAAACCUGAAUUUUCACCAAUUUUCAAGUAGUGCACAUUUAUACAUCUCUUCGGAAAAUGAAGUCUUACUUUACUUGAUUUACCAUAAAGUCAUAACAAUAAAAAUAAAAAAUUGUUAUCUUCGUUAGUGAAAUGUUGACGAUUGUAAUUGCAGCUUUUUGUAUCACUUUCGCAUACUUUGACAGUUUUUAAUUUGUCUAAAACGCACUUUUCAUAAUUCAUUCUUCAAUCGAAACAGUACAAUAUCGGAAUUCUUUGUUCAAUUAUCAAUGGGCUUGCAGGAGUACAGGAUUGGAUUUUAAAAUAAAUAGCUUAUAUAUACAAUAUUUGUAAAGUGUGAAAUGCAUGUUCAUAAACAAGUCUAAAUAUUAUUUAUGUGGUUUUUACAAAAAACUAAAAGAGAAGCUAGGAGAAACUAAGAGAUACUGAAAUCCAAACUCCUUACAAAGGACACAAAAUUUGUGUACUUCAAGCUCCAAAUUCCAAGCAUCGAUUAAAAUAGUUUUUAAUCAUCGAAAAUUUAAUUUACUUAAACAUAUUUGAUGUUAUAAUUAUACAUGAUUGAACAUUAUUCCUGAUACUAAUAUCCUGAAAGUAUAACAUAAUAAAAAUCUCGGUACUAAAGCUCGAUUUUUUUUUAUGAUAAAAAGAAGUAAAAAAACUGAUAA